UCCUCUUUUUGUCAGCCAGACCACAGGCUUCUUUUUCUUUUGUUUACAGGCAUACUGUGUGUGUCCCUUUUUGCCAGUGUCGACACACCAGGUCCUUACACCAGCAUUCUGAUGCCUGGUGACCUGGCUUAUCACAGCGGUAACAUUCCUGACUCUGCACAGUUUUGUGGGUAGGUUCUUGUGACACUUUUUGCACCCUAGGGGAUGCACCGAUGUAUUGCGCCUCCCUUGUAGCCAGUUCCAUGGAGACAGCGAUAUCAACAGCCUUCUGUAGUGGUUGGAUUGGCCUCUUGCCUACUACCAUGGCUUACUCUGGAGCUUCAACAAUUGAGAUGCCAGCCCUGGGCCGCCCUCUCCGACUGGGGAUGCUGUACGACUGCCGCAGCGACACUCUCAUACCAGGUAUUAUCACUUUAUGGGGCAUUGAUGCUCUUAAGAAAGAUGUGGAGACAAUGCCAAAGCACAAUACUGAAUUCCAGAUCAUUGUGUCUGAUUCCACUGAAGAUAAGGCCUCAGCCCUCAGUCUGUCUGGAUCCCUGAAGGCCAGUCUCCUGGGGGGGAUGGUGGCAGUAGGUGGAUCUGCAGCAUUUUUAAAUGAUACCAAGAAAUCAAAAAAUCAGGCUCGAGUUGCUCUCCACUACUCAGUGACAAGCAGGUUUGAGCACCUGACUAUGAGCCAGUUGGGUACCGAGAACGUCUCUUAUUCUGCUGUGUUUGACCAAGGCACGGCCACCCAUGUGGUCACGGCUGUGCUGUACGGGGCACAGGCUUUCUUUGUGUUUGAUUGGGAAGUUUCUUCAUCAGAGAGUAUGCGAGAGAUAGAGGGGGAAAUGAAACUGAUGAUAGAAAAGAUCCCAAAGGUUUCUGGCGGAGCAGAGGUGUCUGGGGAAAAGGGGAACAAGGCAGAAGAAAAAGCUGAAAAUUUCAGUUGCAAAUUUUAUGGAGAUUUUGCUCUGGAGAACAAUCCGGUUACUUACCAAGAUGCCAUGGGAGUUUACUCCACUCUCCCUAAGCGGCUUGGAGUCUCUGGUGAAAACGCUGUACCAGUGCGAGUCUGGCUGUACCCACUGAGCAAGCUGGAUUCCAGAGCUGCUCAGCUAGUGCAUGAGAUCAGCUCGGUGCUGGUUUAUGAUGCUCAAAGUGCCAUGGAGCACCUGACCGAGUGUGACGUCUGAUGCAACGACAUGGUGAAGGACAGAACGGCUACAACCUUCCCUGAGAUCCAGAAGAAACUCCAGCAAUUCAGAGAUCUGUGUAAACAACACAGACAGACCUUCCAAAAAGAGCUAGCUAGAACCCUGCCCUCUAUCCGUGGAGGCGGAGCAGAGGAGGGGGCCCUGGUGGAGAUUUUAAUCAACAAGGAGCAAUCGCCAUAUAGUACCCAGAGACUCAAUGAAUUUCUAGAUAAGAAACAGGAAGAAAUGGAUUUUGUCAAUUCCUACCUGGCUGAGCUAGAGGAGGUCGAAGUCGUAUCCUCCACGAGUGAGCUACAACGUAUAGUUCUCAGCGACAGGCAUAAUUGUGUUGUCUGUCUGGCACUCACUUCAUUGCACAAUGAGGAAUCCUAUUUAUCAGAAUUGAACCUUUGGCUCCGGAGACAAUUUAUGAAGAACAUUCAUGUUCCAGCAUUAGCCAGUUCUGCCUGUGAGACACCAAAAUCCAAACAGUGGUUUGAGGACGAAGAGAUAAGAAGAAAAGCACGACAAGCCGUAAAGUCCUUCUCUGACUUUGCUCGUGUCAAUAAAUCUAAUGGGAAAACUCGGUUCAUUGUGGCCUCUGUUCCAGACAAGGACAAUCCAGGAGCUUCCAUUUACCUGUAUGAGUUGGUCAGUACCAACUUUGAGUUUCCAUCAAAACCUUUCCCUUUACUGUGUGAUGGCAUCAGACAUGACUGUGUGCAGCUCACGUUUAACCCAGCAGCCUAUGGCAGGGCUGCGAUAUCCGGCUAUCGUGCAGAGUACAGAAUUGUAGGGCAGGAGAACUGGACGGCUGUGACUGUAAAUAACACACAAGAGACAUUCGCAGUAACAGGGCUACGUGCAAACACCGAGUACCAGUUCCGAUACGCUGCAGUGAGCAAACCAGGGCUCAGUGAGAGCAGCGACAUGAGUGAUCCUGUGAAGACUCCUCCCCCGACCAGCCCUCCUGAGAAGCCUGAGAUGGAGUCAAUAUAA